GAUGCCGUCCUUUGUCUACAAUUAGCCAAUCAGAGAAUGAGUUUGAUUGUUUACGGAAAUCAUUGCAAUUUGCUUCCCGUGUACACGUGAACAAGAUCCUAUCGUGAAAAUGCAACAUUGGCCGCCACUAUUUAAAACAAACAUACUGAAAUAGGUCGGUGAAUGAUGUGGUUUUAAAGUUUAAAACAGUGACGCAUCUAACUUGUUCGUGGUCAACCGUUUACUCAUCGAGACAAGCAUGGACUGUGCAGACGAGGAGCUCGAGGUGAACAUGAACCCGUCAAAGCGACUUUGCACCGUACAAAACGGAGCAGAAGAAGAAGCACGUAAAAGGCAGGAGCAGUGCCAGUGUGCAGUGGACGUGAGUAUCAUCAUGCCGGUGAACAACGCCUCCUGUUGGCUAGAUGAAUGUCUGCAAGCAAUAUUUGACCAAGACUUCACCGGGAUUAUGGAACUAUCCGUUUUUGAUGACGCCAGCACUGAUGACUCCAGAAAAGUAGUGGAUGCUUGGAGGGAGAGGUUGGAGGGAAGGGGCAUUUCGGUGGUGAUCAGUGGCCACAACUCGGACCAACCUAGAGGAGUGGGAUAUGCAAAGAACAAGGCAGUAGCACAGAGCUGUGGAAAAUACUUGUGCUUUCAGGAUGCGGAUGACAUCAUGUUGCCCCAAAGGGUUCGGCUGCAGUUUGAGGCAUCCGUCCUCCACUCAAACUCUUUGAUGGGCUGUAGAGUUCGGAGGCUUCCAGAGGGAUCUACGGAACGCUACACCCGCUGGAUCAACACAAUCACUCAAGAUCAACUCCUUACACAAGUAUAUACGUCACAUGGACCAACAGUCAUCAUGCCGACGUGGUUCUGCUCAAGAGACUGGUUCUUAACUGUCGGAUGGUUCAGCGAGAAGAGCAAGGGAGUCCCUGAGGACUUGAUCUUCUUUUACCAGAGUCUUCGUCAAGGGGGUCUUGUGACCAGAGUUGACCACUGCUUGGUGGUCUACCGUUAUCACGAGAAGGCCACCACACACUCCGUGAAAGAAGAAACCAUUUGGAACCUGCGAGUUGGAUUCCUUCAGGAGAGAGUCAUUUGCCACUGGGAGAGCUUCACCAUAUGGAAUGCUGGGAAACAGGGCCGUAAACUGUACCGAUGCCUGAACGCCGCUAAUCAGAUGAAAGUCAAAGCUUUCUGUGAUGUGGACAAGAACAAGAUUAAUAAAGGCUUUUACACAUAUGAAGACUCCAAGGAACGCCCAAAGCCCAAAAUCCCAAUCCUGCACUACAAAGAUGCAUCGCCUCCUUUUAUCAUCUGUGUCAAACUGGACAUGACAGGUGGCGUUCUAGAGGAAAACCUCAACUCAUUACAGAUGAAAGAAGGAAUAGACUUCUUCCAUUUCAACUGACGUCUCGGAUGAACGUCACAGACAGAAGCGAGUACGUUACUGUUUGACAAAUUUAAUCACAGGAUCACACUUUGAAAGUUUAUGAAGGAUUCCGCUUAUGUGCAGCACAUUUUAACAAAAAUGACAUUUGCCACGAAAAAAAAAAAAAAAAAAACUUCCAUGACUUGUUUCUGCAUGGCACAACAGUCAAAUGGUUAGCACAUCUGCCUCACAGUUCUGAGGACCAGGGCUCAAAUCCGGCCAUUCUGUGUGGAGAUUGCAUGUUCUCCCCGUGCCUGUGUAGGUUUUCUGAGUACUGCAGUUACCUCCCAGCUCAAAGACAAGCAUGCUAAUAGCCAGCACACCUGCAUUCCGAGUGAGGAUAAGUGGUACACACAAUAGAUAAAUGGAUGGAUCUAUCUAAGUUUUUCCUCGAGUUGGGGGAAAUGCCAUAUAUUGCCCAUCCCCCUAUGAACAUCUAUCAGUCUCUCAGCUUAGGUAAUGAUAUACCGAUGUUUGCACUAAGACUCAAAAUGUCUGUGUCCACACCGACUGGAAGCUGUGCAAUGCAACUUAAUUAUAAGGAUUAAUAAUAAUAAUAAUGAUAAAUCAACUUUUACGUAGUUUAUGGGAAUAAUUGUAUCUUUCUGGAGUAUCUGUUUGUUGCAAAGUUGCAGAGAUGAAACAUGUUUUUUGUUUGCAAAUGUGCAUGCAAGUUAGUUUACUUUUGGCAGUCCUUGCAUUAAAUGGCUCACUCCUGCUGCCUGAUUAUGUAUGGUGGUGUUCUUAAUGGCAAACAGACAGAAAUAACUCUUUGACAACGGCGACCCUCAACAUUAUUCCUUCAUAUUUAGUUUAUUAGCGUACAAACAUUUUCUUAAAAGAUGUCAUGAUGAUUACAGCUGUUGUCAAUAUUGGAGGACUCAAAGGUCCGACCUGAACACUUGAACUUCUGAAUGUUGAAAGAUGUGAGGCAAUGAGUGUACCCUCAGAACAUUGAACUUGGAAUGGGUGUGGGCUCCAUUUCUGAUGCAACCAAAAGGACACAUCUGUUCUAAACAUGGACACAGCCUGUGCUUGUUUAGCAUUCUCCAAGACGCCUAUGAAACAAUAUUCUCUCCAAGAGAGCACAGCUCUGAUGCGUGAACCUCACAAAAAGUUUAUUUUACCUCACGGAGCGUGAAGCUUUUCUGCUUGGAGCCAAACAGACCCUUCACCACAAAUUUCCUUCAGUGUUCCUGUCUUUCAGUAAAUCUGCACUGUGCAACUUGGAGGGAGGCAGCAAGGGCAAACUACAGUACGGCAUUGUGUUCAAUGAAUGGGCACGACUGUUUGGACCUGAUAGUGCUAUUAGUUUACUGCAAGAUAGUCACGUUUACCGAACACCCACAGGAACUAAGCAUUUGCAGUUGGGUAAAUGAAACAAUAUGCGAUUGUGUGUGCGCGAAGGCCCAGUUUAGCAUCUCCGGGGAUGGAACUCACAAUUUGGUGACGUUCAGGCAGUCGUCAACUGCAGUAGUGCAUUGUCAUCCAAGUGUUCAAAAUGGUGCUUGUCUGCAACAGUGUCGCGUUUGCCACAUACUGUGCAUUUAAGCACAUAAAAAUGAAUUAUACCGUUCACAAAAUGGCUUUAAUCCCCAAAUGGCUAAUGCCCCAUUUUUAUGAAACCUUUUGAAUAAAAACUGAAAGUAAACAAAUCACUUUUUUUAAUUGUCACCACCCCCCAACCCUCCGGUCCCGUUGCGUUGGUGUACAAAAGCAGGAUCAGCAAGCUUGCCCAAAUACUUCGUCAUACCUAAGUGUUUUGUACACAUAGUGUCCCAUCUUGCCUUUGUGAUAAUAUGCCUACAGCUAAAGAUUAUCAUGACCAGAGUUAAUCCUGCCCUUAUUUUUUCAAUUAAUUGAUUCAUUGUUUGGUCUCAUCAAGAUAGCGAAAAGAUGACUUUAGAAUCAAGAAAAUCUGAAGAUUUUUACAACCGAUAGUCUGGAGCAGAUGUGCGCAUUGAUUCGCCGUCACAGAGCCCGUUCACAUCUUUGGUCCAGUAUGAUGCAUUUCGACAUUUGCAACAUGGAUUGCGACAGAACGGUUGUAGAGGCUCCGUGUUUUUGUUUUAGCAAGCACCAGACCAGUAUCAGAGACAUGGCUAUCGUUCCGAACAUUUAGCUCCCCUCUUUCGUUGCAUCCGAAUGGCGUGCAAAUUCACUUUUACCAGACUAUGUUCAAUUGUGGAAAUACUAUUAGUCAAGCAUCCCGCCGCAAAUAAUGCAAAAUGUUUCAAGAGCAGCAUUUCUCAACUGAUUGAAGUCAAUUAAAGAGCAUAACUUAGGGUCCACUUGGAGCGUGUGUUACUUUUUUUCCCAGCCUAAACCUUUAUUAUUCUCAUAAUUAACAAUUUGCACAAGAAAAUCAUGGAAAGAAAAGCAAGGGUGUGGCAAGAAUACAGACACACAAAUAAUGUGGGAGAGAGCGAGUCUUCUGAGUUUACUUCUCAACAUGGUGCCAUUUGCUAUGGUAAUAAGAUGAAUUUUCAUAGAGAGAAGACUGAUGACUGGCAAAAAAUGGACCGCAACAACAAAUUGAAGACUGGAGUACCGUAAUACUGAAGCAAACACCUACAAGAAGAUGUUUCUGUGUGAAAUUGUUUGGAUUUUUUUUUUCAGUGUUGUUGCAAUGGCAGGUUUAUGUAACGUAUAUGAAAUCAGCUUGGCAGACGUGCAACCGCUUUUAACGAAGUACUAGAACUCAUAGUUGCUAGUACUAUGAUUUUAUCAAUGGAACGUCACGUUUCCCUGUCAGACAUGUCAGUGUCUGGAGCUGCGAAACAAAAGUGUUGCAUAAAAUUGUCUUGGUCUCAUCCAUUCAUCUAUUUUCUUAGCCGCUUAUCCUCACAAGGGUCGCAGGAGUGCUGGAGCCUAUCCCAGCGGUCAUUGGGCAGGAGGCGGGGUAAACCCUGAACUGGUUGCCAGCCAAUCGCAGGGCACAUUGAAACAGACAACCACCGCGCUCACAGGCACAGGGAGAACAUGCAAACUCCACACAGGUGGGGCCGGGAUCUACCCCUGGACCUCAGACCUGUGAGGCCAUCGCUUUACAGCUGCUCCACCGUGCCGCCGUGGUCUCAUCUAUUCAGUCCAUAAAUCUGCCAGUGACUAUUUUAGAGUAACAAACUAAAGCCGGUCGUUUGAGUAAGACCUUGCUCUAUGUACAAAUUGUCCUUUCUACCCUCCCACCAUGAUGAAGCACUUGGUAGAUGAUCGCAUUGAACCCUAAUGGAGAAUCUAUGAGAAAGAGCCAACCAAGAGUAAACAUACUGUAGCUUUACUCCGUGUUUACACUCCAUCUCUCAGCAGACAUUACUCCUGAUAGCACAUGCACACACACACACAAUAAAUGACACUGACCCCAGAGGCCUCUGGCCAAAUAAACCUGCACCAAGCAGGACAACUGAUAAGAGUUGGGUGUGUUUGGGUGACGAGCGCUUGUGGAGGUCAGAUGCUGAAGGCCUUUGAACAGAUUCCUUUGUUUUCCAGUCUGUUUUUUUAUCUCACACUAUGCAAACCUGUGAGGCCAAAGCGCACAAGCCCGUGGCCUGAUGACAUCUCCCAUUCUGAUGUUUCAACAUGCAUCCUCGUAUUUGACCGACCGACAAGAACUACAAAAAAAAUAAAUAAAAGAAACGUGAUCUAUUGUUGAAAUUCUUCUGUGACACAUUAGACACUCCCCAAAGAGGACACAAGCCUUUGUUUUGCACAUUAGUCAUUAAUACUUAGCUUUGUAGUGAUUGUGUUGAUUAUCCAAGCGACAAAAGUGUCAAGAUGACAAAUCAAUGAAAUUUAAUGUUGAACACUUACAAAAGUUGUGAUAAAACACAAAAGUAUUCCAAUGUAGUGAGAGAAAUAUGUGAAACACUUUAAGAUAUAAAAGGAAUAUGCCUGAACUGUUUUGAAUGUAAGUCUGCAAAUGUUUUAGUUUCUGACUGUUUUGGUGUGCAAUUGUGCCCGACUUCUUUGUAAAUAAAAUGUAUUGCGUUACUACAACUACAAUCAAAGUACCUUCGAGAUUGGUACUCGAGCUACAUGUGGACCUCUACAGCCCAGAUGCCCCCUCUGGGAUUUUUUUUUUUUUUUAAUUCAGGAAAGAGGAGUGCAGUGUGUGUGAGAGCGUUGAGGAAGUCAGAGCCAUGAAGGUUGAAAUCAGAGACUGAGGAAUGUGUGUGUAUGUGCACACAGACGCGUUUCCCUCUCAUCGGGCUGCUUGAGGGGGGCCAGGUGGAACUUGGGAGUGGGUCAGAGAAUCCGCUCUUGAAAUGCUUGCUAUACUUUGGUGAAGGAGCAAAUGAGGUCAAAGCAGACGUCAGUGGCUUCCUCAGGCAGGAUGACACUCCCUCGGCCCCCUCCACAUCAAAGACUAUCACUAUGUAUCAUAAAUUUAUUUAUUUAUCAUUUUUAUCCCUCUGAGGGAAUUGAUAACA